CUGGUCCUGGUGUGCAUGGUCUCUCACUCCGCUCAUAUUAACUUCUGCUGUGGGAAAACGUACCCCGAGUCCCCAGUGUUGGUACUGGGCCAGUCGUUCACCGCCACCUGCGUCUUGUCUGAGGACAGGAUGAGAGAGACAGGAGCCACCGCCAAGGACGUAUUCUGGGAGUUUAGGAACACGCGGGUGCCCGAGGAGCUCUACACCAGAAUCAAUGACUCCACCGUCAGCGUGACCGUCAACGUCACCAGGGAGCUGGAGAACCCUCUGAAGUGCAACGUCUUAGCCCGCUCUCCCUCAAACAUGGGCAUUAGGAAUGUGCACUGCUUGUUUUUCACUGUAGGGUAUCCCCCUGAAAAGCCAGACAAUUUGUCAUGCAUCGUGCUUCAGUCUGGCAAGGGUCUUUCCCCCAUCAUGACCUGCUUUUGGAAUCCUGGGGAGAGAGACCCCAUUCUCAACACCACAUACACACUGCUUGUCGAAACUAUUGUGAAUGGAGAGAAAUACAGAGCUGCAGCCAGGAGAGACAGGGGGUCUGUAGUCUUCAGGAUCUACCCUACGUUCAUGUUGCUGAAUAUAAGCGUGGAGGUGGAGAACCCGCUGGGGAAGGUCCGAUCGGAUGCGGUGACCCUGGAUUCAGAAUACAUCGUGAAAACCGACCCCCCAAAGAAUGUGGAAGUGGUCUCUGAGGAGGGGUUUCCCACAUCUCUGCUUGUGCGUUGGGAACACCCCAUUGAAGAGGUCUACAUCACCCUCAAGUACAACAUCCGCUACUGCCCAGCUGGGGCCCACAUGUGGUCGCAGGUCCCUCCUAGUGAUUUGGUAAGCGGCAGAAAGUCUUUUAGACUGCAGUACCUGGAGCCCUACACGGACUACGUGGUGCAGGUGCGGUGCAUGCACGAGGAAGGCCACGGCUACUGGAGCGAGUGGAGCCGGAAUGUCAGCACGCGCACGCCGGAAGCCACUCGGUCAGCAUGACGACAGAGUGGCACCUCCACUCCCACACCAUCCUCCAGAAGUCCUCCACCGUCUGGGCCAGGGGGCCCUGCGUGGCCAUGUAGUGAUCCUUCUGCCUGUGGCCCUGCUCAAGACCAGCACAGCAUCAUGAGCACAGAGUUACACAGCAGCACAGUUACACAACUCAGAGCCACACCGCCUAUACCACGUUAUAACCUCGUAUGAGCUCUCCACACACAUCUUAUGUCAUCUCCACGCACUUCCUGCUCACACUUUCAGUUAAACUGCAGUUUUUACAGAGAAAUGUCACAGUUCUCCUCUCACUUCUAACAUUUCUAGUUUACAUGUCAGUAGGGGGCUUGAAAGACUAAAGUUCCUUGAAAAAGAAAUGCAAUGACUUUUCCAGAAUAAAAUGAGGGCCUAGUGUCCAGUGGGACGUUCCGAGCACAAACCAGGAAAUGAACUUCACCAAGCAGACCGGUGAACGCCUGGUACUGUACAUGCAGUGAAAGCCAGCAUGGCUUAUUAGGGCUGUGGAUGGGUGCUUACGUCUAUGAAGGAGGCGUUGAUGUAAUCUGUGAAUUCCUGGCCCCUUUUCAUAGACAGAGUUACUUUGUUGAAAUCAUCUAGGAACAAAAACAAGUUUUAGGAAACAGAAUCAGCUUUGUGCUCUAAUUAUCACAUAUAUAUGUGUGUCUAUAUAUAUAUAUAUAUAUAUAUAUAUAUAUAUAUAUAUAUAUAUAUAUAUAUAUAUAUACCAUCCCAUAUUUAGCAUUUACCAGAAAUUGUAUGCCUACACAAUUAUUGAUAUUAACUGACUGAGUUAGCCACUUGUUUCUUGGCAUCACUGUUGUGUGAAUGUUAAGACUACAUCCAUUUGAAAUGGCAAGAUGAAGAAGUCCAGGACAGGUCACAGAAAUGUAGAAACCAAGGGGUAGUAUUGCUUUGGAACCAUGCUUAUUGAGUUUCUUUCAAACACGGAAUAGUUUUUGCUUCAGCAUGCCAUUGACAAUAUAUUCCUUUAAUAUAAUUUUAGGAAGAAAUAUUUUUGCAUGUGCUGUAUGUGUUUAGAGAUGUAUUUAUGUUUGGCAUUAUUGUAUAUGCGUAUUAGCUUUCAUGUUGAAAACCAUUAAACAAAUUGAUGUUACAAAGUACAGGCCUGAAAACAGUAGAAAUUCUGACAAGAAAACCAUAAAGAAAUAGAAUGUUCAAGUAGGUUAGAAUGUUCAGUAUUGUUUAUCUCUAUUAUGUCACAGUGGAAGAUGUGAUAAAAUGCUAACUAUUAUCAACUGAUUGUCAGAUUGGACAUUUUACACACUGUUGGUAACUG